UCUGAGUGACGGGCUGGCGCGCCUGCGCAAGUUGAGUUGGCUGAAAGCGCUCCUCUGGGAGGCCGGGUCCUGCUGCGCAUGCUCGGCCUGCUUCCCUGCCCGGAGCUGCGCGCACAGGAGCACCUGCAGCUCUGACCUGCAUCCCUCGCCCGGCCAUGACCGCGCACUCCUUCGCCCUCCCGGUCAUCAUCUUCACCACGUUCUGGGGCCUCAUCGGCAUCGCCGGGCCCUGGUUCGUGCCGAAAGGACCUAACCGCGGAGUGAUCAUCACCAUGCUGGUGGCCACCGCCGUCUGCUGUUACCUCUUCUGGCUCAUCGCCAUCCUGGCUCAGCUCAACCCCCUGUUUGGGCCCCAGCUGAAGAAUGAGACCAUCUGGUAUGUGCGCUUCCUGUGGGAGUGACCGCUGCCGCUUCGGCCCCAGGUGUCCCAGCGCUCUGGAUCACCUUGGCUCCACCGCCCCUGAUGACCCUUUUGUCACCCCCACAGCUGUGUCCUGGUUCCUCUGUGCACCCUCCUUCAAGGCCUCCCUGGUUCUGGAAAGUCCCACCUUCCCAGCCAGUCUGGGCCUCAGGAAGCCCUGAGCUCAGAGUCAAGCUGGCGCAGGAGAUACCCAGCCCUCUGGUGCCACUGCCCCCUCCCAUGUAGAUACUGCCUGGGAGCCUACCUUUUACAAAAGGGGGCGGCCCAGGGAAGGCCAUGUGCCCUGUGGAGAAGGGGCGUCCAGCCCAGGUGCUCUGAGCCUGGGAUGGGCCAGGCCGGAGAGGAAGCCCUGGGUGAGGAGUCAGGGGACCAGUUAUGUCAGCCUGGCCACCAUCCUGCUGUGUGACCCCAGGAAGCAUCUGCCCGCGUGGGCCUCCUCACCCAUGAGCUGGAGGAGCUCGAUCGGGGUGUGUCAAAGGCCUUUAUUGGAGUUCUUUAAUUUUCUGACACAUGUAGAUGUGAAGUGUGUGAAAAUGUUGAAAUAAUGGAAAAACAUUCGCACACAAAAAAGCAACAUAGUCUCUUGGGUCAGGAUUGAAACCUGUAUGUUUAGCAUCUUUUAUAGUUACAGUCACUUAAAUUGGCUUGCUCAGAAAGUGGUAUAUCCUCAGAGUAUUCUGUUCCGCCUUCCCUACCUGGGCCUCCUCGUCUGUGGACAAGCUGUCUCCCCGCCCAGAGGCUUCAUCUGAGCACUGCGUGAGCCGGGAGAAAGGGAAGGCAGCUCCUGCCCCAGGCCUGGCCUCUCCCUCAUUUGGCUGCAGUGGGGGUAGAUUCAGAGCCCCUCACGGCAGCACAUACGUCACCUGGAGCUAGAGAGGGUGGGGAGACAGGUAUAGGUGAGCUGUGGGUGGCACCGUGGGCCCCUGGGCCCACCCUGGCUCCUGAGGCCAGCACCAGACUUAUCCUGCGGAGUGGCCGGGCUCUGUGCUGGGAUGCUGAGGGGUGGAGGAGCACCUGCCUGGCGAGGGCGUCAGACCAGAGCAAACCUAGGACCCCUAGCUCAUGGCCUCACUUCUCCCAGGAGAGGUGGAGCUGAGAUCUCAGACACUUGCCUGCAGUCCCAGAGCUAACUGGAGUCCCCUGACUCUACUCUGCCGCCUUUCCUCCCAGGGGGAAGGAGCCAGUAUCUGUAUAUAUUGACUGUUUAUUAGACUGGCAUUCUAUUUGGUGGGUGUCAUUUUUGGGAACAGUGGUAGAAGGUGACACAUCUCACCUGGAUUUCUUGGCUCUGGGCUUGGCCUGUUGCUCAGAUUGGGGCCUCCCUUUGACAUCCCACCCAACCCCUUUCAAACUCCCUUCCUGUGCUGACCUCUGUGGGCCUCCUGGAGUUGGGGGUGUCGAGUCUGGAUUGUACUGGAAACCUGACCCGUGUCUAGUGACUCACGCGUGGUGGGGGAAUUACUGUUUGUUUGGUGGCAGAGUCCUGGCUGAGGCUGCUCUUCCUCUGCCCACCCGCUUCCCAGUCCCUCAGUGUGUGGAUCUGGGGGACAGGAAAGGGGACUGGCAGCUGCUUGGAGCUGCAGCUCUGGGACGUGGAUACUGAGAACUGCAUUUUCCUGAGACCAGAGGAGACUGGAUGCUGCCCAGAACUAGGCCUGGCAGGAGGAGGAAGACAGAGGACUCAUUCAAAUGGAAACUUGACCACCAUUGUCCGUGUCCCCGAUUACAGAGCAUGUGGUUCCUGGGGCUCUGCAAUAAAGCAGGUCCCCAACA